AAGCGGAAGCUGCGGGAAGCGGAAAGAGCGGAGCGGAGCAGCCAUGAGGACCCGGCGUGGAACCGUGCUGCGGCCCCGGACAGUCCCCACAGAACCGGAGGAAGAGGAGGAUGAGGAUGGCAAGGAGCCGGACCCCCGGGGAAUGGAGGAGGUGGAGGAGGACUUGCAGGAGGCGAAGUUCCAGGCGGUGAUGGCGGCUCUGGAGAGCGGGGAGGAGGCUGGGGACAGCGAGGAGGAGGAGGAGGAGGAAGUGCUGGGGUUGCAGCUGCCCGAGGACAGCGAGGAGGAGGAGGAUGGACAGGGUGAGGAAGAGGAGGAGGAAGAGGCGCAGGGGACCAACCUUUUUGUGGACCAUAGCGCAGAAGAGGAUGAAGGAGAGGAGGAGGAUGGAGAAGGGGAAGAGGAGGAGGAUGGAGAUGGAGAAGGGGAAGAAGAAGAUGAGGUUGAAGAUGGGGACCUGUCCAUGGACAGUGACCUGGAGGAAAGCCAUCAGGAUACCAAGCUCCCCCACGAGCUCUCCUGGGGCCAACGCAAGCAGCUUUAUUAUGACACAGACUAUGGGAGUGAUGCCCAGGCCAAGGGCAAGCGUCCCCAGCAAGAAGUUGAUGCUGAAGAAGAGGAAGAGGAGCAGGAGGCUCAAGUUAUCCAGAGGCGGCUGGUGCGGGACUUAGGGGAGGAGGAUUACGGGCUGGAUGUGAUCCAGGGCUAUCUGGCCCAGCAGCAGAAAACCCAAGAUAGCAAAGGACAGAAGAUUGCCAAGGAUUUGCAGGCCCUUCCUAAGAAGGAGCAGCUGAAGCUCCUGAAGCAGGAGUCCCCUGAGCUCCUACAGCUGAUCGAGGACUUUGAAGUCAAGCUGAUGGAGCUGAAGGACGAGCUGCACCCGCUGCUGCAGAUGGUCAGGAAGGGCACCAUCCCCCCGGGGAAAGGCAGCCAGUAUUUGCAGACCAAGUAUCAUCUCUACUUGAGUUACUGUGCCAACAUCAGCUUCUACUUGGUGCUGAAGUCCAAGAGGGUGGCAGUUCAGAAUCACCCUGUUAUCGAGCGGUUGGUUGCCUACAGAAACAUCAUCAAUGAGCUCUCUGUCAUAGACCAGAAGUUGUCCCCUGAGGUUCGACUGCUUUUGAAAAACUACUAUGACAGGAAGGAAGGGAAAUCACGGAAGGAGAAGAAGUUUGCAGUGUUUCUCCCACCAGAGGCAAAGAAAACCAAGCCCAAACGUGCUCCUGUGCUUGCAGACAGCCAGGAUAGUGGUGAUGAACUGUCAGAGGAGUCUGAGCUGGAUGAAGAGGCAGCCCUGAAGUAUUACAAGAUGAUGGAGGAGAAGCUGAAGCUCAAGAGGAAGAGAACGGAAGACCGAGAUACACGUGAAGAGGAGGCAGGGUUGGAAGGAGAGGAUCCGGAUAAAAAGCGAGGUGUGACCUACCAGAUGAUCAAGAACAGAGGGCUGACACCCAGGAGGAAGAAGAUUGAUAGGAACCCCCGGGUCAAGCACCGGGAGAAGUUCCGCAGGGCCAAGAUCCGGCGCAAGGGCCAAGUCCGGGAAGUGAGGAGGGAGUGGGACAGAUAUGGAGGGGAACUGUCUGGCAUCAGGGCAGGAGUGAAGAAGAGCAGGAAGCUUCAGUGAUACCUGCCUUUCUCUGCUUCUGACACCCCCCAGUAACAACACUGAACCCAAUAAAAUUUUU